AGGUGUUCAUGAAAACUGAACUCAUGAAGGAAGUCAGAGUUUGCUGCAGAUGCAGCCCUGGGUCUUCAGCUGUGUACUACAGAAACAGAAGGAGGGCUCUAUGGAAAGCUUGUAUGAGCCAGUCCCAGAGCAACAAGCUAACCAAGGGAGCAUCUCUAAAAGAACUGGUUCUCUUAUCUUGCCAUUUGGAGAGAGUGGAAAAGUACACAACAAUCUCUUCAAGGAACUCUCUAAUUUUGAGAAUGCAAAAUCAAAAAGAAAGUCAAUCUGGAGCUCUGUAUCUGAAAACAAAGGAUUUGAAAGGAAAACAGUGAAUGACACAAUUUGGUGGGAACCCAGCAACCCUGAGAAUGAUUCCCACCUCAGAAGACUCUGUCAGCUAAAAGAUCUAAAUGAAGAUGACUCUCUUUUGAGUAAUAACCUACAUACUUUCCAAGGGAAAAAACUUCAAGGCAUUUCCUAUCAGACCGUAGAAUCAGGUGGUGACCCAGCAGACUCAAUGGGGACUUUUAAAAGAAUAAAGAAACUGGUUUGGACCAAGAAAGCCAGGAUGCCAAGUCUGAAGGACAUGAAACCUACAUUAAUAAAUCUCCAAGAUGAAGAUGAAACAUUGAUUUCCUGCAUGAAAUUAGCCAAGUCUCAAGAAAAGAAAGUUAGUAAUGUUAGCACAAGAAGAAAGGAAGCAAUAGAGGUUAGAUUGGAUUCUCUUUCUGCAUCACUGGUUGAAUCCAGCACUUCAACUGGAUGCAGUUUGGCAGAAAUGUUAUCCCACAAUGAAAGUAAAGUUCAGAUGUGGAAUAGCUGGAAGCUGUUUCCAGAAAACCUGCUCUGGACGUGUGUGGAUUUCCAAACUACCCACACUGGACCCUGGGGAAACUGUCCCCACUGCGCUCACCAUGCACGUCUCAAGUCCUCUUGUACAGAUACGGACCUCCUACAUUCAUGGCGCAGCAGCAGUUUUGGGAAUUUUGAUCGCUUUCGGAAUAAUUCCUUAUUAAAAGCAGAUGAUUCAACUGAGGUAUGUGAAGGAGAGCCCAUAAAUGAAAGUGGAGAACAAAAUAAAACUUCAAAUAAUGGAGGAAGUUUGGGGGAAAAAGUGAGAGCUAUUUCCUGGACAAUGAAGAAAAAAGUGGGUAAAAAGUACAUCAAAGCACUUUCUGAAGAAAAAGAUGAGGAAGAUGAUGGUGCCCUCCCAUAUCGGAACAGUGACCCCAUGAUUGGAACCCGCACAGAGAAGAUCCCGCUAAAAGCCAGUGACUCCAUGGACAGUCUCUACAGUGGACGGAGCUCAUCAAGUGGGAUAACAAGUUGUUCAGAUGGUACAAGUAACCGGGACAGCUUUCGACUUGAUGAUGACGGACCAUACUCUGGACCGUUCUGCGGCCGUGCCAGAGUACAUACUGAUUUCACACCAAGCCCCUAUGACGCUGACUCCCUCAAAAUCAAGAAAGGAGACAUCAUAGACAUUAUCUGCAAAACGCCAAUGGGAAUGUGGACAGGAAUGUUGAAUAAUAAGGUGGGAAACUUCAAAUUCAUUUAUGUGGAUGUCAUCUCAGAGGAGGAAGCAGUCCCCAAGAAAAUGAAGGUGCAGCGAAGGGGUGGAAAGGAAAACCCUAAGACUUUGCAAGAGUUCUUAGAGAGGAUUCACCUUCAGGUUAGUAAACCUGUGGCCUGUUUAAUUUUAGUGGUGUAUAGAUGGAAUGAUUGAGGAGAAUAGUUCAGU